AUGAACCUUCUAUCUAAAAGUCUAUCAUAUUUUCGAUGUAAUAAUUCGGUUCCUAUAGUACUGUUUGGAACACCCAGAAUUAAUGGUAUUCGAUGGUUUUCCAAUCAAAAAGAAGGUGGCCUGACGAAAUCUCGGGGUAGUGAAAGAACCGACGUUUCUACAGAUGUCAGACCUAUAGGAGAAAAAGUCAAAGAAGCAACAAAAACAGCAUCUUACACAGGAAUUAUAUUAGCUGGUGUGGGAAUCACUGGUGUUAUAUUUUACUAUGUGUUUAGAGAAUUGUUUUCAAGCAAUAGUUCAAACAGUAUAUACUCAUUAGCUCUUGAAAAAUGUAAAAGUGAUCCAAGAGUUGAAGAUGCUCUUGGUGCACCAAUUAAAGGUUAUGGAGAAGAAACAACUAGGAGAAGACGUACACAUGUGAGUCAUGCAGUGUAUGAGAAGAAUGGAGUUAAGCAUAUGAGGAUGAGAUUUUAUAUUAAAGGAGUGAGGAAUAAGGCUAUUGUUGAAUUAGAUAUGAAGCAGAAUGAAUAUGGAAAUUAUAUGUGCCGAUAUUUACUAGUACAGCUUGAUGAUUACAGUGGAAAAACUUUUAUCAUAGAAGAUAAUAGAGCAGAGAUAGAUCAGACUGAAAAAGCAGAUUAUACUAGUCAACUACCUACAUUGACUUUGACUCAAUAA